AUGCGCAUUUUUGUAACUGGCGCGACUGGCUUCGUCGGUGCAGCCGUUGUCAAAGAACUGAUUUCCGGCGGACAUCAAGUCCUCGGCCUAGCUCGCAGCGACAAAGGAGUCGCGCAGUUGAAGAGCCAAGGUGCUGAGGCGCUGCAUGGCACCAUCACGGACCUAGAAGUCCUGAAGAAGGGCGCCUCUGACUGUGAUGCAGUCAUCCACCUAGCCUUCGUGCACGGGAGUGCAGACUUCGUGGGCUCCUGCGCUACAGACCGAGCAGCCAUCACGGCAAUGGGCUCUAUCCUAGCGAUGGCCGAGGGCCCCCGUGCCCUGAUCAUCACUUCAGGCACCAUGCUGCUUAAGAGCGGGAAGCUGGGUGACGAGGACGACGCCGUGGACAUGACCAAACCUAUGGCCGCCGCCCGGGGGCCCUCGGAAGCCGUGUGCCUCGAAUUCGCCAAGCAGGGCGUACGCAGCAUUGUCGUGCGCCUCCCACCUGUGACGCACGGCCCUGGGUAUUCGGGAUUGUUGGGCUCGUUCGUCAACAUUGCUCUGCAGAAAGGUGUGUCGGCAUACGUCGGCGAAGGCCAAAACCACUGGAACGCCUGCCACCGCGACGACGCGGCUAAACUCUACCGAAUGGCCCUGGAGAAGGCCAAGCCUGCAUCCAUCUUCCAUGCCGUGGCUGAGGAGGGUGUGCCGUUGAAGGACAUCGCAACUGAGGUUGGAAAGCACCUGAAUAUCCCCGUUAUCAGCAUCGCACCGGAGAAUGCAGAGUCUCAUUUCGGCUGGUUUAAAUUUGGAGUCAUGGGCGACGGCAUCGCAUCGAGUGUGAAAACAAGGGAGCAGUUGGGGUGGACACCCACGCACCCGACAGUGAUUGAGGAUGUUCCAAUUGUCGUCGACAUUAUGAAAACUCAGGCAGCCUGA